UUCGGGGAUCGCAGACCGUACGGGGAAUAGACGUUCGCUGGGAAGAGUCAGUGAAGGAAAGUGUCCGUCCUGCACCUAAAAGGGAAAGACCCGGACUGCGAGCAUGGCGGUCGAAGAAGAAGGUCUUCGAGUUUUCCAGAGCGUCAAAAUAAAAAUAGGAGAAGCCAAGAACAUCGCUCCCUACCCAGGGCCGAAUAAAAUGAGGGACUGUUACUGCACGGUGAACCUGGACCAGGAAGAGGUCUUCAGGACCAAGAUCAUCGAGAAGUCUUUAUGCCCAUUCUAUGGAGAAGACUUUUAUUGUGAAAUCCCGCGCAGCUUCCGGCACCUCUGCUUUUAUAUCUUCGACAGGGAUGUCUUCAGGAGGGACUCCAGCAUUGGCAAGGUAGCUGUGAAGAAGGAGGACCUGACCAAGUACCACGGCAAAGACACCUGGUUCCCACUGCAGCCUGUUAGUGCAGACUCAGAGGUGCAGGGAAAGGUUCAUCUGGAACUCCGCCUAAGCGAAGUCAUCACAGACAGUGGAGCCGUCUGCCACAAACUGGCAACCCGAGUCUUGGAGUGUCAAGACCUUCCUAUCGUCAAUGGCCAGUGCGACCCAUACGCUGCAGUCUCCUUACUGGGGCCUUCCAGGUCAGAAGCCAAGAAGACCAAGGUCAAACGGAAAACCAACAACCCUCAGUUCGACGAAGUGUUCUACUUUGAGGUCACCAGGCCUCUCAGCUACACCAAACGGCAGUUUGAUGUGGAGGAGGAGGAUGUGGACAAGCUAGCUCUCAGGGUGGACCUUUGGAAUGCCAGUAACCUGAAGUUUGGGGAUGAGUUUUUAGGAGGCGUUCGGGUACCACUCAAGGUUUUGGGCCAGGCAGGGGUUCAUGAUGCAUGGUACUUCCUCCAGCCAAGGGACAAUGGCAGCAAGUCUGUGAAGGCAGAUGAGCUGGGCUCUUUAAGACUCAACAUCGUUUACACGGAGGACCACGUAUUCUCCUCAGAGCGCUACAACCCACUCACAGAGCUGCUGUUACACUCCGCACAUGUGGAGCCUGUCUCUGCCUCUGCGGCCCACGUCCUCGGGGAGGUGUGUCGGGAGAAGCAGGAGGCAGCCGUGCCGCUGGUCCAUCUCUUCCUGCACUACGGCAAGAUCGUGCCAUUCGUCAGCGCAAUCGCCAGCGCUGAGGUCAACCGCACGCAGGAUCCCAACACGAUAUUCCGGGGCAAUUCGCUGACGUCCAAAUGCAUCGACGAGACUAUGAAGCUAGCAGGAAUGCACUAUCUCCAGGUCACUCUCAAACCCAUCAUUGAUGAGAUCUGCACUGAGCACAAGCCUUGUGAAAUUGACCCAGUUAAGCUGAAGGAAUCAGAGAAUCUGGAGACCAACAGGGAGAACUUGCGUCAGUACGUGGAUCGCAUCUUUAACGUCAUCACUACCUCCGGUGUCAGGUGCCCCACCGUCAUGUGCGACAUCUUCUUCUCGCUCCGAGAGUCCGCCGCUACUCGUUUCCAGGUGGACCAGGACGUCAGGUACACUGCAGUCAGCAGUUUCAUUUUCCUGCGUUUCUUUGCUCCUGCAAUCCUGUCCCCUAACCUCUUCCAGCUUAGACCACACCAUCCGGAUCCUUGCACAUCACGCACUCUCACACUCAUCUCCAAAACCAUUCAAACCCUGGGAAGCCUCGCCAAGUCCAAAUCUGCUAACUUCAAGGAGAACUACAUGGCCGUGUUCUACGAGUACUUCAAUGAGCAGAAGUACGCGGACGCUGUGAAAAACUUUCUCGAUUUGAUCUCCUCCUCUGGGAGGUGGGACCAGAAGAGCAUCGAGACUCCGAUCAUGCUAAAGGAAGGAUUUAUGAUCAAACGAGCACAGGGGAGGAAUCGCUUUGGCAUGAAGAACUUUAAGAAGCGAUGGUUCCGCCUCACUAACCAUGAGUUCACCUAUCACAAAACCAAAGGUAACGCCAAAGGUGAAGCUGCUCUGUGCAGUAUCCCUAUUGAAAACAUCCUGGCAGUGGAGAGAUUAGAGGAGGAGUCUUUCAAGAUGAAGAAUAUGUUCCAGGUCAUCCAGCCAGAGAGGGCACUCUACAUCCAGGCCAACAACUGCGUGGAAGCACGUGACUGGAUCGACAUCCUCACCAAGGUCAGCCAGUGCAACCGCAAGCGCCUGAGCACAUACCACCCCUCAGCCUACCUCAACGGCCACUGGCUCUGCUGUAAGCAGUCCGUAGACUGCGCCCCUGGCUGCACGCCAUGUACUGGUGGCCUGCCAGCCAACAUACAGCUGGACAUCGAUGGUGACCGCGAGACGGAGCGCAUCUACUCGCUCUUCAGCACCUACAUGUCCAAGCUGGUCAAGAUGCAAGAGGCGUGCGGCAGCAAGUCUGUGUACGACGGGCCCGAGCAGGAGGAGUACUCGAGCUUCGUCAUCGACGACCCGCAGCAAACUUACAAGACGCUAAAGCAGAUCAUCUCUGCUGUGCAGACACUGGAGCAGCAGCACGCCCAGUACAAGCGCGACAAGUUCCGGAAGACCAAGUAUGGCAGCCAGGAGCAUCCAAUUGGUGACAAGAGCUUCCAGUGCUAUAUCCGUCAACAAUCAGAGAGCUCCACCUACUCGAUCUGAUUCUUCCCACUGCCACAAUGCCCUUUUCUCUGCAAUGACUAUUCAUCAUUGACACAGUAAAUCAUGAUUGAAAGAAAGAAUUCGACAGAAGAGUGAGAUUAAGCAAGAGUCUCACAGGAAGCUAUACCACGUUCCUACGAUGUACAGACUCGGUUAGCAGCCAUGCACUUUAAUUGUCACACAUGCCCGGGUGACGCUGUAGCCCUGCCUUGUGGCACGUUGUAGAAAAGUUUGAUGUUACCUUUGUUUAUGAAAUGACAAAAGAAGGAAAGAAGAAAAAGAAAGAGUUUAUGCUCUCUUUUAAGUCUUUAGGACCAAACUACAGGUCUGAGAAUAUCUGCUUUUCACUUUGUGUUUUUCCAUCAGUGGAAAUCUCAUUGGCGCAUGCCUGUUGGUAAAGGCCUUGCACACAAUCCCAGGUCAGGAAGCCCAAAGCCCGGCUGGUCUGAACUUUGCGAUGCAUGGCCACACCUUCAUUGUUUUCAAAUGAAGGUACAUCUGUUAACUCGAGGUAAUAUUUUUUCUCACCUGCCAAUAUAAGUGUAGCCAGGGUAUUGUGUAAAGUUCUCACGGAAAAAAAAAAUAGCCCAAGAUAAAACAAGCAGGGGAUUAAAUCUUCUGAACUGGGAUAGCAAUUGGGUCAGAUAUGUGAUUGGGAGGACCUAUCUGAAUCAAAUGUUACAUGUAACCAUUGUUUGUUUUUCUUUUAAACACAAUGAGAUUGUUUAAGAGACACUCGGAUGUGAUGUCAUUGUUUUGUUUGUGAAAUCAAGUCUUUACUUGCUUUUGGUCAUCUGCACCUUUUGCAUGUUCAGACUUGUUGCAGUAUUGUUCCAUACUUUUGUGAACAUUCCUUAAUGCAGAUUCAUCCACAGUGUGCAGCUCAGCCAAAUAUAAACCCAGCUGAAGGAGUAUGGCACUGUGAGGACUAUAGUUGUGUGUGUGUGUGUGUGUGUGUGUGUGUGUG